AUGUCUUUCCAGCUCCCGGCAGGCAUGCGCCCCGCCGCUGCUCCUCAGCAGGGCGGCGACGACCCGGAGGCCGCGCAGCGCCAGGCGGCGCAGGCCGAGGCGAAGCGCACCAUGAUCCAGGCAAUGCUCGAGCCCGCGGCUCGUGAGCGGCUCUCCCGCAUCUCUCUCACGCGACCUCAGCUCGCCGCGCAGGUAGAGGACCUCCUCGUGCGCAUGGGCCAGCAGGGCCAGAUUCGCGGACAGGUCACGGACGAGGCGCUCAAGGGUUUGCUGGAGCAGGUCGCGGCUCCCGCCCAGUCGGCUCCCAAGCUCACGCAGACCUCGGCGCGCACGCGUACCCUCGGCGGCGGCAUCACUAUCCAGCGCAAGCGCGACGACUCGGACUCGGACGAGUACGACCUCUAAACACCCCGCAGCUU